AUGACUUCUGAAAAAACCACUGUAUUCGUUUCUGGUGCUACUGGUUUCAUUGCUUUACAUGUUGUGGAUGAUUUGCUGAAAGCAGGUUACAAAGUCAUCGGUUCAGGUAGAUCUAAAGAAAAAAACGAUGGUUUAUUGAAAAAAUUCAAUAACAAUCCCAAUCUUUCGAUGGAAGUUGUCGAGGACAUCGCUGCUCCGAAUGCUUUUGAUGAAGCUUUUCAAAAGCGUGGUAAAGAUAUCAAGGUUGUUCUGCACAUUGCUUCCCCAGUACAAUUCAACACCACUGAUUUUGAAAACGAUCUGCUGAUUCCGGCUGUCAAUGGCACCGAAUCAAUUUUAGAGGCAAUUAAAAAGUAUGCCGCAGAUACUGUUGAAAAAGUCGUCAUUACUUCUUCUGUUGCUGCCCUUGCAGCACCUACGGAUAUGAGCAACAAUGGCUUCGUUGUUAACGAGGAGAGCUGGAACAAAGACACCUGGGAAAGCUGUCAAGCCGAUGCCAUUACCGCGUACUGCGGUUCCAAAAAGUUUGCUGAAAGGGCUGCUUGGGACUUUGUCAAAGAAAAUCAAUCAGCCAUCAAGUUUACAAUUUCCACUAUCAACCCAGGGUUCGUUUUUGGCCCUCAACUGUUCACAAAUUCACUUAAAAACGGAAUAAAUAGUUCUUCAGCUAUUAUUGCCAAAUUAGUCCGUUCUAAAGCGAGUGGCAAAUUUUAUAAUUUCAGCGGUCCAUUUAUUGACGUCCGUGACGUCUCAAAAGCUCACUUAGCUGCAUUUGAAAACCCAAAGUGUGCCGGCAGAAGAUUAUUCUUGUGUGAGGAUUUAUUCUGUUCCCAAGAUGUAGUCGACGUCCUGAACGAGGAAUUUCCGCAAUUAAAGGGUAAGAUAGCUACUGGUGAACCUGGCAGCGGUCCAGGCUAUUUGGCAAAAAAUUGUUGCAAGUGCGACAACUCUGAGACCAAAAGGUUGUUGGGAUUCAAAUUUCACAGCUUCAAGAAUUGCAUUGUUGAUACUGCAUCACAACUGCUAGAAGUUCAAAAUGAAGCCUGA